GCUGCAGGCAAGGCAACCACGGUCGCGUAUAAAACUUUAGUCAUUAGUUAGGUCAACACCUUUUUAGAAAAUUGAUUUAAAACAAAACACUAUAUUAUAAACAUGGAUGAUAUGAAUUGUCACAUGGUCACUAAAGGAGGAGAAGACGGCGAUGACGAGCGGGCAGGAGACGUCGGUCUUCAUCUACGUUUUCCAGUUCUGUUACCAAAGAAAAGGAAGUUAAUCCUUCACGUGGACUUGAAUAACACCAUCCUGGUAUCAGAUGCAACCACAGGUCAGGGUCCCAGAGCUGCGCUAAAUUCCCAUCUGUGCUCCGUUGCCUGGGGCCGUAUAAGUGACUCUGGUGAGUGGCAGUUGAUCAGUGAUCAGCCUUCAGUGAAACCGCCAUGUGAAGACGCAGUCGACUACUGCACCCACUUUGGCCGCGAUGUGAAAUUCAUUGACUGUGAAAUCGGACACCACUUUCGAGGGGUCUUCAGUGACCACCUGAGGCUGCUGGAGUGGCAGGGGGAAGCUGAUGAGAGGUUCACACAACAAGCUCGCUACAGAUCUCACUCCAGGAAGAAUACGCUGCAGCAAGAGAGACAUUGUCCUGACCCGUGGGUCUGAUCGCAUAUCUACCAGGACAAAGGAGAGGAAUAUCUACCAGUAUUUCAGCAGCCUGGCUGGGGUUGGAGGCUUUCAGGACCACUUUGAUUGGUGGGCAAGAAAUAACUUUUCAGGCUCCGGAGGAAAGCCGUUCUGGAUCGACCCGACUGACUGUAAUACUCAGCACAUCUUCAUAGAUGACAACAUCCGGCUAAGUGAAUGCAAUACAAUUGUUAAUUAUCGGGUGCUUUUGGAGAACAAGGGCAAGAAGGCCAGAAGGGCUCCCACCUCGGAGCUUUACGACAUCUGCUUGGUGCAGACGGAUCUCCUCAAGGCCAUCGCCGAGGAGGAUUAUUUUCUAGACUGCGUCAGACUCUGUGAGGAGAACUAUGAACAAUAUCUCAGAGACUUUCAGGUGGAAUAGAGCGAAGCUUUACUUCUACAGCAUCAGCCGCCGUACGACUAUUUAUUUUCAGAUGCCCUGUGGAUGGUAAGAGAGGGGGUGCACCAACCCAAAUUGGGUUUAUCAGGGUUUUUAAAGGAGUCUUCCGAGAUUUUUAUACUGAUGAGCUUGAUAUGUCAUCAGUAUCUGGUCUGUUAGAGGUCCAGUACUUGGGACCCCCGCUGAUCAGUUAUUUGAGAGCUUGCAGUAGCGCCGCGCCCACCCCACUCACAGCUUACCCCAGGCCAGUGACGUCACGUUCAUCGGUCACAUCGCCUAGGUACAGCUCAGUCCUAUUAAAGUGAAUGGGGCUCAGCUGCGAUACCAAGUACAUCCACUGUACAAUGUACGACGCUGUGCUUGGCGAGCCGAGAGGAGGCUGCUGCGAACGUCGGCGUCUUCUCAAACAGCUGAUCGGUGGGGGUCCUUAGUGUCGAACACCCACCAAUCAGAUAUUGAUGACUUAUCAAUAGGAUAGGUCAUCGGUAUAAGUCUCGAAAAAACCUUUUAAUGCUGAUGUCCUAUCUAUGGGAUGGGUCAUCAGUAUCAGGUCGGUGGGACCACCACAGAUCAGCAGUUUGAAGAGACCAUGGUACAUCGGUGAGCGCUGCAGCCUCUCUCGUCAGUGACGUAACAUCCAUUAGUCACAUGGUUUAAUGGCAGCCCGGCCCCUUUCAAGGCUGCAAUACCAAGCACAGCCACUAUCCAAAGGACAGCGCUGUGAGGAGCUGAUUGGUGGGGUGCCUGGACUCUUGAGGAUAAGGGUACUUUCACACUUGAGGCAGAGUAUUCCG